AAAGCAACUUCUCAGAAAACUAAAUUUGUUCCUGAGAAAUGGAUGAUGCUUACUUAGUAGAAAUGAUAAGACUAAAGCUUUAAAUACCUAGAUAAAGGUAUGACGGUAGAGGGUGAUAACUGGCAAGAGCAGGAACAGCUGAUUUGCAGAAGCCAUUUAAUUGACCUUCAGUGCAUAUUUUUCAAAGAAAACGUAGAUUUGUGCCAUCAACAUUUUUAAACGUAAUGAUUCCGCGUUGUAGUUAUUUCCAAUCACAGCAGCAGUCUCUUAAAUGUACUGUAUAAACUUGUUUCUAUUAUUAAACACAAAAAAUGUACUAUAGUGAUGUUUUGUCAUUGAAAGAGAAUGUAACAACCAGUUCGAUAGGAACUUGGAAGAUGUUGAAUUGUUUGGUAGACAUGACUCCACAUGUUUACGUAUUUCACUUUUGGUAGUACUGACUGACGUCAUUACCCACACAGUGUGAAAGUUUAGUACUGGACUGUUGAAAGAACGUCUGCUCCAGGAGCCUUAAAGGUUAAGAUUUGCGACAUUCUUGUGUUUUAUUUUUGACCUCAGUGUUCCUCUAAACUCUACAAGCGAGAUUGUUUCGUCGGGAAGCCACUGCAUGCAGAUUUCGCUGUCUGACGUAUACUUCGAGCGCUUGUAUUUGACCUAGCCAGCGCGCAUGCGCAUGGCGGUGAAUACCCGAAUGUACUAGUUUGAAAUUUUAGGUGGGGAAGUACCUGAAUUCGAUGAAAGAACAGGAGACCAAGAAAAGUUUUCACCGCCAGAGAACUACUUUAUGUAGAUGACAAGAGCCGCGGGGAGCCGCGCGUAGAGCAGAGAGGCGAUGGGGGACGGCGAGCCGCGGCGCGACGCGCACUGGCAGAGCAUGGUGCCGCCCGGCGGGCGCAAGGCGCUGCCCGAGCCGCAGGUCAUCGUGCGCAAGUUCCUCUUCCCCAACCUCGCCAACGGCGCCGGCAAGGCAGGCGCCGCGGGCGCGCCCGCGCUCGCGCCCGCGCCGUCCUCCACCACCUCCGGCGCCGCCCCCGCCACCGGCGCCGCCUCCGCCACCACCUCGGCGCCGACGGCCGCGGUGGCGACGGUGCCGCCGCUCGUCGCCUCUGGCUACCGCGUGGUGCCGCGCCGGACGCCCACGCCGCCCAAGGGGCCGGCGGCGGCCGGCGCCGGCUCCGCCUCCUCGUUCCCGCCGAUCGCGCCCAAGGACGAGUUCGGCUGCCGGUACUUCUUCCUGAACGCGGGCGGGUCGACGGUGGGGCUGGUGCCGUACCGGAGCGUCAUCAAGCGCGGCGCGGACGGGGCCGACAAGUCGGCGGCGGAGAGCCACACGGCCAAGCUGCUGGUGCGGCCCGGGCCCGCCGCCUCGGCGCCGCCCCCCACGCUGCGGCCGGCGCUGCCGCCCCCGGCGCCGCCGCAGCGCGUGUCGGUGCAGCCGGCCGGCGGCAACCUCCGCCUCCAGAUGCACCCGUCGCCGGCGCCGCAGCCCGCCACCGUGCUGGUGCGGCCGCUCAACGGCGUCGCCGUAGCCAGGGCGGCCGCCCCCCAGCAGCAGCAGCAGCAGCCACCGCCUCGCCCCGCCGCCCCCGGUGACGCCCCCUCCGGCGCGAAGACCGUCAUCGUGCAGGGCUCGCCCGACGGCAAGUCGAUCGUGCUGAAGAACCCGGUCAUCCUGCAGCCGUACGGCUCGCUGCAGGCGGGCGGCAGCAAGACGGUGGUGCUCAAGGGCCUGCCCAAGGCGGUGGGCUCGGCGCCCGGCCGGAUGGUGGUGCUGCAGUCCAAGGACGGCGCCGCGGCCUCGGCGGCGGCCUCGUCGGCGACCGGCACGACGGCAACCGUCACGACGACGCCGGCGAGCGCGGCGGGCCGCAGCUCCGGCGCGGACACGGGCACGCUGCACCUGGAGGUGGUGGUGCAGCCGCAGCGGUCGGCAGGCGCGCAGCCGGCGGCGGCGCCCAGCGUGGUGGUGGCGGCGCCGCUGCACCUGCCGCGGGGCGUGCGCGUGCUGCGCGUGCCGGCGCGCGACGUGCUGGUGGCCGACGUCGCCUGCCAGACCGAGCCGCCCGCACUCAGCGUGCCCGACACCAUGCUGCGGCUCAGCCUGCGGGAGCUCGGCGCCGCCGACCCGUUGCCGCAGCCGCUGCCCGCCUCCGAUUACCCCGCGCUGUGGGACAGCGACAACAUUGUUAUCCGACCCGUGUCGUCGUCGCCCCCCCAGACGCACCGGACGCCGUCGCCGAGCGCGAGGAUGCCCGCCGCCGGAGACGUGGUGGGCUCGCCUGUGGCCGCCGCCGCCGCCAAGUUCGGCAAGCACCGGCUGCCCGCCGACCCCAGCACGGGCGACGCGGGCCCGCCUGCCAAGCGGCCGCGCGCCGCCCGCGACCUGGCGCUGCGCCUCUUCGCCUUCCGCGACUGGGCCUGCUGCCUCGAGCCGGACGACCAGGGCAACGUUCCCCUCCACUGCGCUGUACUAGCAGGUGAUAUCAACCGAAUCAAGCGGCAGUGCUGUGUCCUGAGAGCUCGCGACUUCUCUCUGGAUAUCUGCAAUAAUGAGGGAGAGACUCCAUUACAUCUUGCUGUUAUACAUAAGAUGACGGAAGCUGUAGACAUACUGAUCAAAUUUGGAGCAAAGCCACAAUUCAGGGAUAAAGCUGCCAACACUUCAUUUCAUUUGGCUGUACAGAGGGAUGCACAUUGUCCAGAUAUUCUGUGGCGCUUGCUGACAGCACCAGGUCUUCGGAAAACUGAUCUAGAACUGUUCAAUGAUGAUGGUUACGCACCAAUGCAUCUGUGUGCUAUGUAUGAUAAAGUGGAAGAACUUCGGGCGUUGAUUUCCAGUGGUGCCGGCGUAAAUUUAAAGGAUACAAAAAGUGGUCGCACUCCACUGUUCCAUGCUGUGGAGACAAAUUCUGCUACAUGUUGUCGUGUCUUGCUGCAUAGUGGUGCCAACUCCACAGAACAGAAUUAUGCUGGGCACACGCCUAUCAUCGCAGCUUCAGAAUUCGCAAAUCCAAAUGUUGAGGCUGCAAUGAUAAAUCAUAAAGAAGUACACGAGGACAUUAUUGCACAACUUGAACGUGGAAGACAUCGUAACAGUGUAAUGGAAAAUUGACUUUCUUCAGGUGUACUGAGAGAGAAUUGAACAAAGCAUCCGUUUUGAGGGAUGUAGUAAGUUUUAUUGUGAUCCUAAUUUUAACUUUGGACUGGAACAUUGGACACACAGUAAAUGUAUGACUGUGUGAUUAUGGGAAAUACUUUUCUCAUAUAACUUCAGCCAGUGUGAUAUUUAUUGAAAGAAGUAGUAGCUCACGACAUGUCAGCUUCAUGAAGUUACUGCACCACUGUGGUCCUGUUAAUAUUGUCAUAUUUUUUUAAUUUUUAGUCACAACUGAAAGUUAAAUGUCUAGCACUUCUGCUUAUGCAGAUUGACUUGUUCCAAUGUGUUACUGCUUCUCCUAUGCAGUUAAUUAUCAACAAAGCAGCUGUAAACAUUGCAGUGGUUACAAAUAAAUAGGGCCAAGGAGCUUCUUGAGAUGUGUGUUCUGGAUGUUGUUGUAAAGAAACAAAAUUGUAAACAUUGCGGUGGUUACAAAUAAAUAGGGCCAAGGAGCUUCUUCAAAUGUGCAUUCUGGAUGUUAUUGUAAAGAAACACAAUAUCAUUGGAAUUGUUCCUGUAUAUGAUUGAAUGUUCUGAAAUUGUUAAAUGAGUGAAAAAUAUCAAGGCAGUAUUUGAAGCUCAAGUGGAAACAUCAGUUGAAUAUGCUCUCACCAUUUAAAUAACCUUGUAGAGUUGUAUCUAUGAAAGGUUUAUCCACAAAUAACAUGUGUUCUGUCAAUCCCCCUAACGUGAUAGUGAUUGAUGUACUGUAAAGAGUCAAAUGAGAAAUUUCGCUAUGAAAUUUGUGUUUUGCAAUAUUUUUUUUAUUUUUACUCUGGCAGUUAUUAUAGAAGUAAAGUUGUCGAAUUGCGUAGCAACAUGUUAUUUUUAUGUAGUACAUUACCUUUUGUCCAAUUAGUUACUAUUAUUUGAAGUGUGAUUCAUCUUGUGGGUGUACAUUAACAUUCUAGAUUUGUGUGAAUGUGAACAUGAACGGGGUGUAAGAACUUGUAGUCACAAAACUGAACAUUUAUUUUCGCACGUUAAAGCACAAACGUUUCUUGCGAAUCCUCUGUAAAGUACUGAUCUACGUAUUUAUUUAUUCAAACAAAGAGUACCUAAUUUGUGUAGAAUGUUUUAAUUUCCACAGAACGUAAUUAUAGUGUGCCUGUGAAUCCACAGAUAUUUGAGUAUUAUGUUCUUUUUUUACAAGAUGUACUUCUGUGAGCAAUACCUCAUAAUUUGAGAGCAUUAUUUUGAUGUUAUGAUAAAAGUGACAAAUUUCUUAAUUCUGACAUCCACGAAACUCAGUGCUUGGAUCAUAUGAAAACAUUAAAUGAAACAUGCAUGGCAAUGUGAAUUGAAGCUGAUAAACUAAACAACAAAAAUUGAGAGUAAAUUAAUGUAGCCAAACAAUUUUAAGAAGCACUAAAAAUUGCAUGAAAGCAUAUUCUUUUUUAUAUUUGGUAAAAGGUUUUUCUACAGAAACAUUACUUUCUUUGUAUGUCUAAAACAACACUAAUUAUGUCAAGGAAAAAGAGUGUCUGUCCUUUUUCUUUGUUCGGCAAAAAAAAAGCAAAGCUUUCAGUGCUUCGUCACUAAGUUGUUGUAUUGGUUGUGUGUACUGGAACAGAAGAGGAUGCAGUGUAAUAUGUACUACUACUAUU